UCCGCAGUGCUGGAAGAGCAGAGUGAAGUAAAGAAGGAGAAGGAGGAGGAGUGAAAGAGGGGGAGAAAAGAUAGGAGAAGAGGGGAGAUACGGGGAGACACGGAAAAAAGCGAGAGUGUGUGCGGUGACUGGCGAGAGCAGGAGAGAGGGGAAGAGAGAGAGAGAGAGAGACAGAGAGACAGAGAGAAGGGGGAAACUGCAAAUUUGGUGGCCAGGCUUCCCAGUGCGCACAGAUCUCUCGUCGGCUGCACCGUCCGAACAGCUCUCCGCUCCGCAGGAUGAGUUCAUUCAGUACGAGGGCUCUGACGCUGCUCUCGUCGGUUUUCGGGGCCUGUGGUCUGCUGUUGGUCGGCGUCGCCGUGUCCACAGACUACUGGCUGCUGAUGGAGGAGGGGAUCGUCCUGCAGCAGAACCAGACCACCGAGGUCAAGAUGGCUCUGCACUCCGGCCUCUGGAGGGUCUGCUUUGUGGCAGGGCCAGAGAAGGGCAGAUGUGUGGCGUCAGAGUAUUUCACCGAGCCAGAGAUAGAGAUCACGACAGAAAAUACAGCCAAUAUACUCAAAAUGGUUCGUACUGCCACUCCCUUUCCCAUGGUCUCCCUGCUCUUCGUAUUCACAGCCUUCGUCAUCAGCAACAUUGGACACAUCCGGCCGCAGCGCACCAUCCUCGCCUUCGUCUCCGGAAUAUUCUUCAUACUGUCAGGUCUCAGUCUGGUGGUUGGUCUGGUCUUGUAUAUCUCCAGUAUUAAUGACGAGGUGAUGAACCGUCCCAGAGAGCCAGAGCAGUUCUUCCACUACCGCUACGGCUGGUCGUUCGCCUUCGCCGCCUCCUCCUUCCUGCUUAAAGAG